CCCCUUCUCUAGCUCCUUCCCCAGCUUGCUAUUCUGUAUAAAAAUGGAGGGAAUUUUACAUCUUGCUCUUUACUCCUUUUCCUCCACUUGAAGUGUGACUGGGUUGAGACAUUCAACCAUAAUCAUGAGCAAGAACUACUUGUCCAAAAAUGAUGAGCUUCGCAAGGGAGACUAUCUGAUUUCCAACAACAAGGAGUAUAAAGCUGUCUUCCAGGAUGACGGUAACUUUGUCAUCUACGGCUGGAAGCCUGUGUGGGCUUCAGACACUUGUGGAUCAGACGUUUUCCGCCUGUGUAUGCAGGCUGACUGCAACCUGGUCAUGUACAACAAGGCCAACAGUCCCAAGUGGCAGACAAACUCCCACAAGCCAGGAGAUUGCAACAUGUGCCGUCUUCAUCUGACCAAUGAUGGCAAACUGGUGGUGAACAAGGAAAGUGAUGAAAUUUGGAGCUCUGCUAACUCCAGAGGCACGAAAUGAUGUCAUGACAUGACAAAAUUAUCAAUGUUUUAAAAUGAUUAUGCCUAUCAAAAUGUAAUGAUUUCUAAAGGAAAGUCAUCUCUGGAUGGCAGCUUGAAUUAUAAUAAACCUGCCAAGCAUUUAAUCUGUAAUCAAAUAAAAAGACAUUUUCACAAUGUUUAAA